CUCAUCUAAAUCCUGUGCUCCAAUGGUAAUAAUGCAUAAAUAACAUUUGUGCAGCAUUUCUUGAAUACAAAAACAUCAAAAAAAAAUUUAAUUUCAUGCAAACCAUGUCUUCCUCUUCUCUUACCCUCUCCUUCAUAACAUCCUUCUUGUUCUUCUUCUCAACAUAUGCUCGUGUUGUCUAUGCCCAAGAAAGCGGGAGUUUGCAGGGGAAACAUGGCAGCACCUUCUCCGCGGUGUAUGCCUUCGGGGGCUCAUACACAGACACCGGAAAUGCUUGCACAAUGACAAGCCUUAAAGGAAGCUUUGGUGCUAACUGCCAGCGCUCUGGAGGCCGAUUAUCCAACGGUAAAUUGGCGGUGGACUAUGUGUCUGCAUCCUUCUCUUUGCCAUCCCCACAGCCUUGGCUAAACAUUUCCAAAAACAGCUACUCCGCCACCCCCGGGGCCUUAUCCACAGCCACAUCCGGUGUCAACUUUGCAAUCGCCGGAUCCUCGUCUCUCCAGCACAAAUACUUCACAAAUCAAGACCUCUCACACGUAAUCUGGAAAGGCAUACCUAUGACCAUUCAGACACAGGUACACUGGUUCAGAAAUUUCCUCAGAGAAAAGAAUUGCAUGGGUAAACACGCCCACCGUUGCAUAGAAGAGUUCAAGAAUGCACUCUUCUGGGUCGGUCCAAUCGGCAUCAGUGACUACUAUAAUGUUCAGGGUACAUCUAUUGCUCAGAAGUGGCUCACACAGUUAUCUAUUCAACAGUUCACAAAAGUUAUUGAGGCAUUGAUAAAUGCGGGAGCAAAGUACAUAGUAGCAGAAGGCUUACCGCCACUGGGGUGCUUUCCUCUAAGUGUGUCGCAAUCCGAGGGGCAUAAACUUGACCAAAAUGGAUGUGCUGUUCCUGUGAACUCGGCAAUAAAGCUACACAAUCAAAUACUUAAAAGCAAAGUGGGAGAACUCCAAAGGCGCUGCCACGAAUGUUCAAUCUUGUAUGCAGACUUCUGGAAAGCAUACGAAACAAUAGUGAUGACCCCAGCAAAGUACCACUUGGAAGAGACUAAGAAAGCAUGUUGCGGAACUGGCAAAGGAGAUCUCAACUUCGACCCGAAAAUGGUGUGUGGCUCCCCGACCACAUCCGCAUGCACAGACCCUGCAAAAUACGUGAGUUGGGAUGGUAUUCAUAUCACAGAAGCCAUGCAACGACAAGUCGCUGAUCUUUACCUCAACCAAGGCUUCUGUGAACCAUCAUUCGAUACGAUGAUUAAACAUAAGAGUAGCAUAUAG